GGAAAUAGAGUUCUUCUUCUUUCUUCAUGAGACAUGUUAGCAGAAUUAGAAAGGUAAGAGGAACCUUGGUUCUUAGUGAGACAAAUAGGCCACAAAUACGUCUGAGUGAGAUUGUUUAGAUUCUUCAAAUAUCAAGAGAAUACCUCUAAGUGAGUCAUGCGAUACUCUCUAUGUAUAGAUCUGAAUAGAUCUAACACUAAGUUUGUUCUCCAUGUAUAAUUAAUAAAUAACUUUCCUACAUCAAACCACCUUCGAUUAUUCAUUUUCCUGUCACAGCCAUCUUAGUUUGCGUCCAAACUCGGACCCUUGAUUUUACCCGACGCCAAGUUUGCGUGAGAGUAUUAUAGAGCUCAAGUCCAAAGAAUUUUUUAAAUACCCAUUAGCCUAUGUAGGGUCAUUGUGUUUGGAAACUUUGGCUGUGCACUAUCAGCCUCUCUCUUUCUCAUUUAUGAAUUAAUCAAAACCUUCUUUAUAUUGGUAACAAAGCUAAAACUAUCUUCUUCCCUUUACUUUCUUGCGAUAUUUCUACUGAACUAUAUGUCUUUGUUUUCGUUUGUGUCAAUAAGAACACAACUCUGAUCUUGUUUUAAUUCUGUUAACACAUGAUAGAAUUUUGUGAUAUUUCUAUGAGAAAAAUAAAAGCUAAGACAAAAGAAGUAAGAUUGAUGGUAACAAAACAGAAUUACAAAAAUGAUUUAAAUUCAGAUUAAAAAUGGAGCUAGAUCUAAGGCGGUGGUUUGGAAAUCUAACGAUCAUGAGUCAAAAAAUUAUUCAAGGAACCAAACAAAACAAGUCUCAAACUCAAUUAAAAGAGCUAGAUCGAUCCACUUUCAUGGCUUCAUUUAUCAAACAAUUUUAAAAUCUAAACUUCCGUUUGAAUUAGAGAAAGAUGAUAAACAUUAAUGAUCAUAAUUGAUAAGUUCACGAUUUGCCUUAACAUCUACUUUUGUCGGUCAAAAACAAAUCGCUUGUAUUUCUAGCAGCUUAAAACAUUUUCGGUGAAUAGAUUAGACCUAGGAUCAUGCACUAAGUGAUCUAUUUAGGAUAUGACUGGUUCUCCGCUACCACCCACAAACACAAUUUUUUGCGGUUGGUAGCGAUUGUUGGUUUUUUGCAACAAUUACAAAAGUGCUUUAAAUGGUUUGAACCGCUUCAAACCUCUUAAAAUCAAAAUCUGGUUCCCGCAAGUUUAUGGUUACGGGUGGAUAAAUAAUUAUAAAAAUAUUUAAAAAAUAUUUAAAAAUUUUAAAUUAAAGUUUUAAAAUGGAAAUGUUAUAAAUAAAUAUACAUAUAUAUAUAUAUAUAUAUUUCAUAUUUUAAUUAAAAUACACAAACAAUAUCAUAAUUUAUUUAUAAAAAUUUAAACUAAGCAUAAUCACUAUAACUUUUCAACGUUAAUAUAUGUACAUAUAUAAAGAUAUAUACAUAGAUUAACGAAAAAAUAAUAUUUUUUAAUAUAAAUCUUCCAGAAGAAUGACCAACUUUUACAAUUAUUUAGAAGAUAUCAAGAUUCUGAAAAAAGUUUUCAUACCUCAAAGCUUAGUCAUACACUAAGAACGAUGAAUUGAAGGGCAUACAACCUUGGACGCAGUGUCAGGAUACAACUGUCUUUUGUCGUGCAUAUGGAUGCAGAGUUACCAAAGUGGUUCACAUAGUCUAUAUGAGUCUGUAAUGCUGAUGACAAAAUAAUAAUAUAAAUUUUCAAAAUAAAUUUUAAUGAAAUUAUAACUUUCAUCUAAAUUAAAAAAUUUAAUCAAUAAACAUAAUAUUAUUAUUAAUUAUAUUAUAUUAACAAUUAUUGUAUUUUAUCACAAUAGUAUGUUUUUGAUAUUUUUAUUAUGUUAUAAUAUGUUAAUAUUGGUAGUUUAUUAUUAAUACGAUGUAGUAUCUCAUAAUCAACCGGUCACAAAUCAAUCAAACAUACCAAUUUCUAACCGAUGUAUUGUCGUACAUAUCGCUUAAUAACACUAGAAACCGCAACCACCCAAAUCCACAAACUCCCUCGACAGCACCCACAACCAAUGCAUUUCAACUAGUCAUACCCUUAAUACAAGCCUUAAAUUCAAAUAUGAAUGGAGACAAUCAAAACAUCAAUCCUUAUUUUUGUUCAGCUCACGAAUCUAUGAUCUCCUUGCCCCAUAGACCUAAAAAAUAGACUACUCAAUCAUGGAUAGAGAAAAAAUAGAAGUAAGAGACCUUGUUUGUUUCUAUAUCCAGACGCUGUAUCUUGAUGUUAAUAAGAUUUUGUUCGUUUGGACACUAUUGCAUCAGCAUCUAAAUACAACAUAUAUAAUAUCUUGAAUAUCUAUAUAUUUGAGAUGCUAAAAAAAAUAUAGAGUUUAAAUGCUACAUUUGCAUGUCAAAAUUCAAAUACCUAAAUACCCUUAAUACAAAUAUACAAAUAAAUGAAAUUAAAUAUUAGAAUUAUUAUAUAAUAUUUUUAUUUUUCCGUCAAAAUCAAAAUUCACGUUUUUCCAUCAAUAUCAUAAAAUUGCAUUUUCUCGCCAAAACCUAAAAAUACACUUUUCUCAUCAAAAUGUAAAAGUAUGUUUUUUACCAAAACCAAAAAAAUCACGUUCUAACCAAAUACGAAAACCGCAUUUUUCCGUCAAAACCAAAAAAAUUGUGUUUUUCCGCCAAAACCGGAAAAUUGUGUUUUUAUGCCAAAGCCGAAUAUUGCUUUUUCUGCCAAAACCGGAAAAUCACAUGUAUACCAAAACCGGAAAACCGCCUCUUCUCGCCAAAAUCGGAGGAUCGUGUUUUUCCGUCAAAAUCGAAAAAUAGCAUUUUCCUGCCUAACUAAAAUAUUACGUUUUUCCGCCAAAAUCGCUAAUUGUAUGUUAUUCACUAAAUUUCAUAAUUAAAUUUCAGUUCAAAAUCUGCGAAAUAGCAUUUUUCCACAAAAAAUACAAAAUUAGUUUUCAAAAUAUUUAUUUGAAUAUUUUAAUCAAUUCAUUAUUAAGAAUAAAACUAUGUUUUCUAGUCUUUCUAACUAUUAGACUUUUGGUCGUAUUGUCUUCUGAUUGAGACUGACCUGGUUGAGCCGGAUGGUUAGAUUGUCUAAGCUGGUUGGUGAAGUCAGGAGAACCUCAAUUGACUGGUUGAAACUUUCUCAUAAAUCCUUUUAGGAUCGGUCCUUGGAGCUAUCUUUAUGAUUAGAAUUUGGGUGGUUGGGUUAAGGUCAGUUUAUGAUCUUGUAUCAAGAACACUUUCACCUUAGAAAUUAGUUAUUUAGAAAACCUGUUUGGUUAGGCAAAUACCACCUCCAUAUGGGAUUUGGGGACAGGGUAGAUGGUCUUGGCAUUGAAUUGCGUCAGAAAGCUGUUAAAGAUAGGCAUUUUAUCCACGUACGUCUACAACAACACCUAUCCCCACAAUAAGCCAAGUUGUCUUAUAAAUAAUCUUGGAUUGUCUUCGUUCUUUGAGGAAGAUAAGACAAUCCGCGUUAUUCUUUGUCCAAGGAUAAAUGGAUCCGACUGAUUAUGAUAGAUAGUUAAAGAUAAUCUUUACAAAAUGAAGUACAAUUGGAAAUUUGAAUUCUUAUAUGUAACCACUUAUUCUUUCUUUCGCAAUGACCACUUUUCCACUUUGGAUUACUGUUGUAAAGAUUCUACUUUUGUAGUCCAGAACAUGGACUUAAAGUUUCAUCAUCCAUGCUUUAUUGAUAUAUUAAUCCACGAUAAUAAAUAUGCGUAGAGGGACCGAUGGUGAUACGUUGGAUAUACACUAUGUACAGUACAUCCAAUUCCAACUAACACAAAAUAAAAAUAACAUUUUCCCUGUGGAAUUAUUUAGAUUUCCGUAUCCAUUGGUGGACCUUAAAGAAAGACCAACACACCUACUUUCUCUAAUUUUAUUUAAUAUACACACAAAAAAAAUGAAAUAUGUUCCUCAAUAAUAUUUCUUAGCAUUUCCUUUUGCCAUUAUUUAACAUGAAUCACCCAAAUGUGACAUACUCUAAUUCCACAAACCAUUAUCACAAUGCUCCCAUUCGCCAACUACUACAUAUCUUCCACAUCCAUGUCCGAGAACAAUGUUAACAACAGCAAGAGGAGGAAGAAGAAACGUCCGAUGAUGGUUUAUGGAGGCGGAGGAGGAGAUGAUUUGGCGGUGGUGAAGGCGGCGGCGUGGGCUUGGUAUCAAAGGAAGGAAGGCAAACCGAUUAUGAGAGAGUUUGAGAUAACAAGAGCACCGAGAACACCUCGACCUUCGCGAUACAAGAUCGAAGCUACAAAGAACAUGAUCCUCUCUGACAACAAGGUUUUAGCCGAGAAUAGGGUUUCUAAGUCAUCGCUUUGGUACACAAAUUUCCAUUACCAAGAGGAUCAAGAAACCCAAUACUCUCGUCUACUUGACACUUACGAGAACAAGAACAUCUCAAAAGGGCUUAAUUUGGAUGAUCCUGGUUUAUCCGUGAGUUUGAGCAGUGCUUUCAUGCUGAAGGACGAUAAUAAUAAUCAUGAUUGUGUUUGUGAUGAUCAUGGUAUGUUAAAGAGAAAUGGCUAUGAUAAGAAUACUAAUAGUAGUAGAAAAACUGAUAACAAGAGUUCCAUGAAAAAAGUGAGCAAAAGAAGUUUGUGGAAGGGACUGAUUGUUAUGGGUCCAGUGUCUACGGUUUGUGGGAGAAGCGAUGAUGUGGAUCUACGGGCUUCUAAAGCUAGCCGGAGAACAGUUAAGGUUGCGGCGGCGGCCGAGGCUCUCCUCAGGUCGGCAGCAAGUGGCAAGAUCACUCAGACCCGUAGUCACUAAUUUUAGUGGUUAUUAGGAUGGAAAGAUUUGAACAAAUUGUUAAAAAUUCGUACAUUUUCAUGUUUCUGUAUUUGUUGAACUAGCGUUGUAUUUUCUUCCAGUUUCAGUAAAUACGUACAUUUUUUUUUAAAUUUAAUAUGUACAUCUUCGGGGAACAAAAUGACAAGAAAAUAUUGAAUUUA